CUCAUCCAUGGCGGUAAUGGUGAAGGCAUUUGCUUUACUUCUCUCCAUCUCAUUACUCUUCAUCUUACCUUCACAUUCACAGCAACUUACCACCACUUUCUACCAGAAAACAUGCCCCAGAUUUGAACAGAUAAUGCAGGACACCACCACCAACAAGCAGAUCGCCUCACCCACCACCGCUGGCGCUGCUCUUCGCCUCUUCUUCCACGACUGCCUCGUGGAAGGCUGCGACGGCUCCAUCCUCAUCUCCUCCACUCCCUUCAACAAAGCCGAGCGUGACGCCGACAUCAACCUCUCACUUCCCGGAGACGGAUUCGACGUCGUCGUCCGUGCUAAAACCGCCCUGGAACUCGCCUGCCCAGGAGUUGUCUCGUGUGCUGACAUCCUCGCCGUCGCCACGCGCAACCUUGUGACGAUGAUGGGUGGGCCCUUCUACGCCGUGAAACUCGGCCGGAGAGACGGAUUAGUGUCUAGAGCUUCACGCGCUCAAUACAUUCUUCCCAAACCCACCAUGUCCAUGAAUCAAAUCAUCAAGAUCUUCACCUACAGAGGGUUUUCAAUCCAGGAAAUGGUGGCGUUAACUGGUGCCCACACGAUUGGGUUCUCUCAUUGCAGUGAAAUUAGCUCAGAUAUUUACAAUUACAGCAGAACAUCAGCGUUCGAUCCGUCUUACAAUCCGAGGUACGCACAGGGACUGAGAAAUGCGUGUGCCGAUUACCGGAAAAACCCAUCGUUGUCGGUGUUUAACGACAUAAUGACCCCACGGGAUUUCGAUAACUCGUACUACAAGAACUUGCCAAAGGGAUUGGGGGUUUUGAGAUCCGAUAGGGCGUUAACAAUGGAUGCAAGAACGAGGCCGUUUGUGGAGUUAUACGCUAGAGAUCAGAAGGCGUUCUUUGAGGCAUUUGGUCGAGCAAUUGAGAAGCUGAGUUUAUACGGUGUGAAGAGUGGUCGGAGAGGUGAGAUCCGGCGCCGGUGUGACUCGUUCAACUAAAUCAGAUUCAGUAAUUCUUUUGGGUUUUGUUUUUUCUUUCUAUUUUUGGAACGAUAUAAUUUGUAUACUGAGUUUUCUGCCAUAAUCAAUUAACAGAGUUUCUUCAUUA